GUUGAAGUUUUAGCCAAAGAGUGCGGGAGUGGUACGAAAAGAGGCCGAUUGAGUGCGGGGGAAGUUAGAAUAAUCUUUUUGGAAUUGGUAGGAGAACUGUAUAUAUAUAUUCCUUCCCGUCAUUUGGAGAGAAAAUACGCAUAACGAGGCUAUCCUUUCUCUGAUAACAAGAGACAACAACGCCGUGUUUGAACCUUUUGCUCUCUCUCUCUAACCUGUCUACAUCUGACUCCUCUGCCGAACCAAACCAAGCUUGUAUUUUGAGUGCAAUCCGAUUUUUUGCCUUGCCCUUCAAAUUACCGAGGAGAAGAAAAGCCCUAGCUUCUUUGCAAUUCCUAUAUAUACACUUUGUUAGUGUGUAUCUGUGUAUAUAAGUGUUUCCAGUAUUAUCUGUGUAUAUAUAUUAGUCAUGGUUGGACUAGAAGAUUGCUGUGCCACGCAAUUGAUUGACCAACAUGGCGAUUUCAAUGUCGUCGGUCUCCAAAGUUUCAUGAAGACUGUGAAGCUCGCCGAGUGCGGUCUUUCCUAUGCUGUCGUCGCAAUCAUGGGUCCACAAAGCAGUGGGAAGAGCACACUUUUGAAUCAUCUUUUCUAUACCAAUUUUACGGAAAUGGAUGCAUUCAGGGGAAGGAAUCAAACAACCAAGGGCAUUUGGAUAGCGAAGGGUAUCGGCAUUGAACCUUGUACAAUUGUCAUGGAUUUGGAGGGAACUGAUGGAAGGGAAAGGGGCGAGGAUGAUACGGCAUUUGAGAAACAAAGUGCCCUCUUUGCUUUGGCAGUUUCAGAUAUUGUACUAAUAAAUAUGUGGUGCCAUGAUAUUGGUCGGGAGCAGGCUGCCAACAAACCUCUUUUGAAAACAGUAUUUCAGGUUAUGAUGCGAUUAUUUAGCCCACGCAAAACUACACUUCUCUUCGUAAUACGUGACAAAACAAAGACCCCACUUCAACAUUUGGAGCCUGUUUUGAGGGAGGAUAUUCAGAAGAUAUGGGACACGGUUUCUAAGCCUCAAGCCCACAAGGACACACCUCUGAGUGAAUUUUUCAAUGUGGAAGUCACUGCUUUAUCCAGCUUUGAAGAGAAGGAAAAUCAGUUUAAAGAGCAGGUUGCUCAACUGAGGCAGCGUUUUUUCCAUUCAAUUGCUCCAGGAGGGCUUGCUGGGGAUAGACAGGGUGUUGUCCCUGCCUCAGGAUUUUCCUUCAGUGCACAGCAGAUAUGGAAAGUUAUAAAAGAAAAUAAGGAUCUUGACCUUCCUGCUCACAAGGUCAUGGUUGCCACUGUUCGCUGUGAAGAAAUCGCAAAUGAGAAGCUCAGUUGCUUGACCAACGAUGAGGGUUGGUUAGAGCUGAAGGAAGCUGUUCAAGAUGGUCCCGUAUCAGGUUUUGGGAAAAAGCUAAGCUCAAUCUUAGAAACCUAUAUUUCAGAAUAUGAACUGGAGGCCAUGUACUUUGAUGAAGGCGUGAGAAAUGCAAAACGACGAGAAUUGGAGUCGAAAGUGUUGCAGAUAGUGCAUCCCGCUUACAUUACCAUGUUAGGACAUUUACGUUCUAGAAUGCUCGAAAGUUUUAAGGCAAGACUUGAACAAUCAUUGCACAGAGGAGAAGGGUUUGCUGCUUCAGUUCGUAUGUGUACUCAGUCUUGUAUGCUUGAGUUCGACCAGGGAUGUCAAGAUGCUGCCAUACGGCAAGCUAAUUGGGAUGCUUCAAAAGUGGGAGAAAAACUUUAUCGUGAUAUUGAGGCACAUGCGUCAUCUGUUCGUAGUGCGAAGUUGUCAGAAAUAGUAGCUAACUUUGAGAAACAACUUACGGAAGCUCUGACUGAACCUGUAGAAUCCCUCUUCGAAGCUGGAGGAAAAGGCACCUGGGCAUCAAUAAGAAAGCUUCUAAAACGUGAGACUGAGGCUGCCACAUCAGGUUUUUUAACUGCUACUGCCAGUUUUGAAUUGAACCAAGCAACAAUUGACAGAUUGCUGCAAAAUUUGAGGGACUACGCUAGAAGUAUGGUGGAGAAAAAGGCAAGAGAGGAAGCAGGGAAAGUUCUGAUCCGCAUGAAGGAUAGGUUCUCAACUGUUCUCAACCACGAUGCUGACUCAAUGCCAAGGGUUUGGACUGAGAAGGAAGACAUUAGAGCAAUCACGAAGGACGCACGCUCUGCGUCUCUGAAGCUUUUAUCUGUUUUGGCUGCCAUACAAUUGGAUGAGGAAUCAGAUAAGAUAGAGAAUGUACUUUUAUUAUCACUCAUGGAUGGAACAGUUGCUGUUCCUUCUACCCAAGAUAGGAGCAUUGGAGCUUCUGCAGAUCCUCUUGCUUCAAGCACGUGGAAGGAGGUCCCUCCAAAAAACACUCUGAUUACGCCCGUGCAGUGCAAGUCUCUGUGGAGGCAGUUUAAGGCAGAAACUGAGUAUAUGGUCACUCAAGCAAUUUCUGCACAGGAGGCUCACAAGCGUAGCAACAACUGGUUACCUCCUCCAUGGGCUAUACUGGCAAUGGUUGUUCUUGGGUUUAACGAAUUCAUGCUCCUUUUAAAGAAUCCUCUUUACCUCAUGGCAUUAUUUGUCAUAUAUUUACUCACAAAAGCCUUAUGGGUGCAAAUGGACAUCACAGGGGAGUUUCGGAAUGGCAUUUUGGCUGGACUUCUUUCCAUCUUGUCGAGGUUUCUGCCCACUGUCAUGAACCUUUUGAGGCGACUUGCUGAAGGAGCUCAAGGUCGUCCAACUCCCGAAGCACCAAGGCCACCUCAGUCUCUGGGUUUUAAGAGUUACAGAAAUCAAAUGCAGGAGUCAAACCCAGUAUCAAGUUCAAUUCCUGAUUCAUCUGUAUCAUCAAAUAUCUCAUCGACUGAAAGUGGUAUUGAAUACUCGAGUCCUCAGCUGACCCAAAGGAGAGUUACAAAUGUUGAACAGGAAGAAUUUUCAUGAUAAAAAAGCAGAUUCUUGUGUAGUCUCUCUAUGAUACCCCUUUUUAUUCUAAUAAAUCCAGGUGACAUGAUGUUGGUGACCAUCAAUAUUUGUUAUGAAAAGUUAUUGUGAAAUCUAA